UCAACCUCCCGUGUCUCCUCCAUCAGACGCUCAUCUCGGCUCAUCCACUCUUUCUCUGGACUCUUGAAAAGACACAGUGACCCAUCGCCCUGCUGCCAUGAAGACUGCUCUGGCUGUGCUGCUGCUCAUCUCUCUGGCCUGCCACAGCCAUGCUCUCAAAUGUCACACAUGCGUGGCGUCCAAUGAGGAAGACUGCAACCGUCAGGGCUCCACCCCCUGUCCUCAGUAUGCUGAUGCCUGCUCCACCAUCACAGGGCCCAACACAGUUAUGAAGUCGUGCACAUACAAGGCCUUCUGUGAGAAGGCUAACAGCGGCACUUCCGGAGCCAAGAUGCAUUGCUGCUUUGGCGAUGACUGUAACGGGCCCCACAAGAGUCACAGCCACGGUGGUCAUCACAACAGCACAGGGGCAAUUUCUUCCAGCCCAGUCCUGCUGAUCACAGCCCUGCUGCUGCGUAUGGCCUUGAGUCAGCUGUAAAUUCCUCCUCCUCCCUUUUUUUGUUUUGUUUUCCUUCCAGUGAUUCAUCACCUCCUCUUUAUCUGUUUUAUUUUUAAGUUCAAAAAAGGGAUUUGAGUUGCAGAGAGUUUCAUGUGGUUUGUGACAAAUAUCAAGUUUUAACGAGGGUUUUUGACGGCUGUGGUGGAAGGGAGUGUGGUCUGUUCUGCAGGUACAAGCUGCUUUAAAGCAGCUUCCUUUGUCUAAGUUAUCAUCCUCUCAAACAGUACCCUUGUUCUCUGUAGCAGCUUGUUAAAUUUAAGAGGAUUUGAACCUGGGGAGUGUUUGUGGUGAAUAAAUGUGUACAAAGUUAAGAACAGCUCACAGCUCUGAUGCACCCAGGGGGGGACUCGGGUGUGGUUUUGGUAACUAAGUGCUGGGGUGCCUCACUAGUUUAGUGCACAGCUAGCUUGCUUCACACCAUAGAACCACAAAACAAAUCUCUUUCGCACGGUAAUCUGAAACUGAUUUAAAAGGUUUAAAAUUGUCUGUGAUGAUGCUUUAUGUUAUCUGUAUGCAAGCUUGUCUGAAUAAAGACCUAAUCACACCCUU